AUUGGCUUGAGAGCUGCCUGAAGGACAGCACCAACAGCCAAUGGAAGGCCGCUAUUUCCAGGCGUCCACGUCAUAAGAGCCAAUCAGACCCUCCUUUGGGCUUAACUCUUUAAAGGUGGGUUCGCGCCCCCUGAGAAAGUAGUUGGUAGUAAAUGUGCCACGUCUUCUAAGAAGGGGGGAGUCCUAAACUUGCCUGAAGCCGUUGUCCCUAAGCCUUGAACUACGUUCUUAAAUCUAUGAAGUUGAGGGCCCCUUCCCUGCUUUUGUAGGGACUUCUUUCCUGCUUCAGCAACAUGAGACUUUUCUUGUGCAACGCAGUCUUGAUGCUGUUCGUCACUUCUUUGAUUGGGGCUCUGAUCCCUGAACCAGAAGUGAAAAUUGAAGUUCUCCAGAAGCCAUUCAUCUGCCAUCGCAAGACCAAAGGAGGGGAUUUGAUGUUGGUCCACUAUGAAGGCUACUUAGAAAAGGACGGCUCCUUAUUUCACUCCACUCACAAACAUAAUAAUGGUCAACCCAUUUGGUUUACCCUGGGCAUCCUGGAGGCUCUCAAAGGUUGGGACCAGGGCUUGAAAGGAAUGUGUGUAGGAGAGAAGAGAAAGCUCAUCAUUCCUCCUGCUCUGGGCUAUGGAAAAGAAGGAAAAGGUAAAAUUCCCCCAGAAAGUACACUGAUAUUUAAUAUUGAUCUCCUGGAGAUUCGAAAUGGACCAAGAUCCCAUGAAUCAUUCCAAGAAAUGGAUCUUAAUGAUGACUGGAAACUCUCUAAAGAUGAGGUUAAAGCAUAUUUAAAGAAGGAGUUUGAAAAACAUGGUGCGGUGGUGAAUGAAAGUCAUCAUGAUGCUUUGGUGGAGGAUAUUUUUGAUAAAGAAGAUGAAGACAAAGAUGGGUUUAUAUCUGCCAGAGAAUUUACAUAUAAACACGAUGAGUUAUAGAGAUACAUCUACCCAUUUAAUAUAGCACUCAUCUUUCAAGAGAGGGCAGUCAUCUUUAAAGAACAUUUUAUUUUUAAACAACGUUCUUUCUUGCUUUGCUUUUUAUUUUUAUAUAUUUUUUCUGACCCCUAUUUAAAGAACCCCUUAGGGUUUCUAUGUACCUAUUUCUUUCUGGUAAGUUAUCGGGAAGAAAAAGCUAAUUUGUCUUUGAAUAGAAGACUUCUGGACAAUUUUUCACUUUCACAGAUAUGAAGUUUGUUUUACUUUCUUACUUGUAAAUUUAAAAUGUUGCAACUGGGAACAUAGCACAACAUGAGACCAGGUUAUAACACAAAUUAGCACCCUAUAUUUCUGCUUCCCUCUAUUUUCUCCAAGUUAGAGGACAACAUUUGAAAAGCCUUUUGCAAUAGCCCAAGGCUUGCUAUUUUCAUGUUAUAAUGAAAUAGUUUAUCUGUAACUGGUUCUGAGUCUCUGCUUGAGGACCAGAGGAAAAUGGUUGUUGGACUUGACUUGUUAACGGCAACUGCUUUACUAAGGAGAUGUGCAAUGCUGAAGUUAGAAACAAGGUUAAUAGCCAGGCGCAAUGGCUCACGCCUGUAAUCCCAGCAUUUUGGGAGGCUGAGGCAGCCGGAUCACCUAAGGUCAGGAGUUUGAGACCAGCCUGACCAACAUGGAGAAACCCCGUCUCUACUAAAAAUACAAAAUUAGCUGGGCAUGGUGAUGCGUGCCUGUAAUGCCAGCUACUCAGGAAGGCUGAGGCAGCAGAAUGACGUGAACCUGGAGGUGGAGGUUGCGGUGAGACGAGAUCAUGCCAUUGCACUCCAGCCUGGACACUCUGUCUCAAAAAAAAAGAAAACAUGGUUAAUAACAUAUAAGUAUGUAUGCAUUGAGACAUGCUACCUAGGACUUAAGCUGAUGAAGCUUGGCUCCUAGUGAUUGGUGGCCUAUUAUGAUAAAUAGGACAAAUUAUUUAUGUGUUAGUUUCUUUGUAAUAAAAUGUAUCAAUAUGUUAUAGAUGAGGUAGAAAGUUAUAUUUAUAUUCAAUGUUUACUUCUUAAGGCUAGUGGAAUAUCCUUCCUGGUUCUUUAAUGGGUAGUCUAUAGUAUAUUAUACUACAAUAACAUUGUAUCGUAAGAUAAAGUAGUAAACCAGUCUACAUUUUCCCAUUUCUGUCUUAUCAAAAACUGAAGUGGGCUGGGCGUGGUGGCUCAUGCCUGUAAUCCCAGCACUUUGGGAGGCCAAGGAGGGUGGAUCUCUUGAGGUCAGGAGUUUGAGACCAGCCUGGCCAACGUGGUGAAACCCCGUCUCUACUAAAAAUACAAAAAUUAGCCAGGCGUGGUGGUGCACACCUGUAGUCCCAGGUACUCGGGAGGCUGAGACAAGAGAUUUGCUUGAACCCGGGAGGUGGAGGUUGCAGUGAGCCAAGAUUGUGCCACUGUACUCCAGCCCGGGUGACAGAACAAGACUCCAUCUCAAAAAAAAAAAAAAAAAAAAAUGAAGCGGACCUACAGCAGCUACUAUUGAAUAAAUACCUAUCCUGGACUUUAAAAAAUUUUUAAAAAUUAUAAUUUUGUUUUAAAUUGACUUUUAUCUUUAAUUCUUUUUUUAAAGUUAUCAAAUCUUCAUUUUCUAAGAAUAGCUCUUUAUAGUGUACAAAAUGAUAUUAAGUGCAUUAUUAUCUUUGAUUUUCAUGGCUCUGAGUCAUAAAACAAGCUGGUGGAUCUCACUGUACCUAAUUUAUAGAUGAGGAAAUUGUCAUUCAAAAAGAUGGAUUGGUAUGCCCAGGGUGAGCACUAACCUGUAGAACCAGUAUUCAGUCCCCAAGUUCAGUGUCUUCUACUGCCCUCUACUAAUGAAAAAGUGAAAUUUUUCCUUGCGCCUAAUUCUCUCUUUAGUUUGCUGUUCCGUUGUUUAUCUUUGAGUCUUCAUUCUCUGAAAUGGCUUUCUGCCUGUUUCUGGUACAUUAGAAUUCUCACUAUAUCUAAAUGGCUCCAGAUUCAUAGCAUAAUCUUGCAGUUAGCUCUGAAUUGCCUCAAAAACUCUGAACAAUGCGAGGUUCCAGAUGUGUUUUACUUCUUUCAUUCCUAUUUACCCCCAUUUAUUGUUUAAAAAGAAUUAUGAACAAUUAUUACAUCAUAUGUAGACCACUUUCACUGAUUAUAUAUUGACAUUUUCCUCAGUAAAACAUAAAGUUCUUAACAAGACUAUACUGUAAUACCUUUCUCCAACAAAAUCAGCUGUAUGUUAAAAACUAUUAAGUCAUUGCUAAUGUUUUAAGCCAUAAUACAGAGAGCCUUAUACUCUAUGACAGGAGGAGGGAAAGCAGUUUGUCCUACGGUGCUACUCUGCAUAAACAUUACUGAUGCUAUCUAUAGUAGGGCAAGAAAAGUAAAAAGAGUUUUGAUUAUUCAGGCAGCAUUUUUAAAAACCUGUGAAUUUGUAUCAGUUCUCAUCUAAACAUUUGGACACAAGUAUAAAAUGAAAACAUAUGCACAAGUUAUGAUUUUUAAGUUAUCUGCUUUUUUUUGUUUCACCGUACGUUUGCACCCUUCUGUUAGUGGGAAUGAUCAGACACGAACUGUGACUUCACAUGCAUAGUCAUACCUCGCUUAACAAUGGAGAUGCACUCUGAGAAAUGUCUAAUUAGGUUAUUUCAUCGUUGUGGGAACAUCAUAGAGUGUACUUACACAAACCUAGAUAGUGUAGCCUGCUACACAUGUAGGAUAUGUAUAUAGCCAAUUCUCCUAGGCUACAGCAUGUUGCUGUUCUGAAUCUUGUAGGCAAUUGUAACACAACGGCAAGUGUCUGCUCAUCUAAACAUAUCUAAACAUAGAAAAGAUACUAUAACAAUAUGGUAUAAAAGAUUUUGUAAAAAAUCUGGUCAGGUGCAGUGGUUCAUGCCUGUAAUCCUAGCACUUUGGGAGGCUGAGGCAGGUGGAUUGCUUGAUCCCAGAAGCUCAAAACCAGCCUGGGCAACGUGGCGAAACACCGUCUCUACUAAAAGUACAAAAACUGAGGUUGGAGGAUCACCUGAGCCUGGGAAGGUCAAAGCUGCAGUGAGCCAUGAUCAUAUCACUGCGCUCCAGCCUGGGUGACAGAGUGACACCCCAACUCAAAAAAAAAAAUCUAUAUAUAUAUAUUUACAUAUAUACACAUAUAUAAAUACAUAAAUAUAUAUACAUAUAUAUAUGGUAUACCUGUAUAGGGCACUUACUAACGGAGCUGACUGGAAAUUGCUCUGGAUGAAUCAGUGGUGAGUGAAUGUAAAGGCCUAGGACAUUACACUACUGUAACUUUAUAAACACUGUACACUUAGGCAACAUUAAAUUUAUAAAAAAUGUUUUUCUUCUGAUUGGUCAUGGUGCCUCAUGCCUAUAAUCCCAGCAUUAUGGGAGGCCAAGGUGGGUGGAUCACUUGAGGUCAUGAGUUUGGGACCAGCCAGGCCAGCAUGGCUAAACCCCAUCUCUACUAAAAAUACAAUAAUUAGCCAGGUGUGGUGGUACAUGCAUGUAGUCCCAGCUAAUUGAGAGACUGAGGCAGGAGAAAUGCUUGAAUCCAGGAGGUGGAGGUUGCAGUGAACCAAGAUCAAAACAGUGCACUCUAGCCUGGGCAACAGAGGAGCAAGACUCUCAAAAAAAAAUUUUUUUUCUACAAUUUUUAUAGAAAUAAUAAAAAACUAAGCUUAUUGUAAAUUUUCUAGUUUAGAAACUUUAAAAACAAUUUUUGGACUCUUCUAGCAAUAACGUAGCUUAAAACACAUUGUACAGCUGUACAAAAAUAUUUUCUUUAUAUCCUUAUAAGCUUUUAUAUAUUUAAAUUUUGAAUUUUUAAACUUUUUGGUCAAAAACCAAGACAAACACACUAGCCUAGGUCUAUGCAGGGUCAGGAUCAAGACAUCCCUAGCAGGUGACAGGAAUUUUUCAACUCCAUUAUAAUCUGUGGGGCCAUCAUCAUAUAUAUAUGGUAUGUUGACCAAAACGUGUUGUGCCAUGACUGUAUAAUUUGCGUCAAUACUGCUCAAUGUGCCAUAUUUAAAUUUACAUGACUAUAUUGUGAUAUUCUUUUCAAAAUAAAGUUUAUUUGGGAAAUAA